AUGCCGUCUAGUGUUCCUAGCUCGACCGAUGGUUGGUGGUGUUCUCCAAAUACCGAAUAUGCAUUCCUUGGAUUCAGUUAUGAAGUAUCUGCUUGCCAGUCUAUAAGCAAGCUCAACAGUGACUUCGCUGACAUCAAGAACACCUUUGGAUCGAGAUACGUCCGCCUUUACGGCGCUUGUGACAGAGUCGGUUUCUAUGAUGAUAUUGUCAGCGCUGCAUGGGCCACAGGUCUAGGCGUUCACGCUCUGAUUUGGUUUGGAUUCGAUGGAGGCGAUCAGUGGAUGACUCGCCGUGAUUCGCUGGUUUCUUCGCUCACCAACAACCCCAAGGCCAAGUUCGUCACUCGAGGCGUCCAAUUCGGUUCCGAGCCCCUGUUUGAUAACGUACUGCCGCAUUCGCAGCUAGCAGCGGAGGUCACGUCUUUGAAAUCCAAGCUUUCUGGCGUCGGGAUUCCUGUCACUGUCAGCGAACUCGCAUACGGAUACCAGGAGCGUGGCGGCGCUCAAGACGUCCUUGAUGCUAUCGACUUUAUCAAUAUUCAUAUGCUCCCUUUUUUCUCGGCCCUUGCAACGUUUGGUGCCGCUGCUUGGCCGCUCGUUGAGACUGACAUGAACUGGUUUAUUGAACAUGGCAAUGGCAAGAAGAUGUACUUUGAUGAGAAUGGUUGGCCCUCCGUCACAUCGCCUGGCGUUCAGCCUAAUACCAUUCUUGCUCAGUGCUCGGUAGCUAACGAGGAGGGCUACUUUUCUAUGCUCGAUAGCCAUUGCGAAGAUCUCAAACUCGGCCCUCAAGGUGGUGUCGGUUGGUUCGCUCAUAUCUACAGCGACGACCAGGAGCCUGGCUAUGGCAUCUACGAUGAUGCUGGGAACAAGAAAUUCCCCUUCAAGCCUCGCACGUUUUGUUAG